UGCAUGGUAUAGUAGCCAGCAAUGGAGUGACUAGAUUUGUUCCAUUCUCUCUCUCUCUCUCUCUCAUCUCUGAAAAAUUCUCUUCUUUUUCUCCAAAUCUUGUAUCUGUCAAAGAUUCUCUUACAUGGGUCAUCUCUGAAAUCCAAGUUCUCUCAAUAUGCACACUCGAUAGAAAUCAAGGUUUAGGAUUUCUAUAAAGGGAAAAGGCAAGUUAGAGAAAAUGGGAGCUUCAAGCUCUAAAAUGGAGGAUGAUAAAGCGCUGCAACUGUGCCGUGAAAGGAAGAAAUUCGUUAGGCAAGCGCUUGACGGGCGUUGCUCUCUGGCAGCUGCACAUAUUUCAUAUGUUCAGUCACUGAAAAUUGUAGGAACGGCUCUUAACAAAUUCACGGAACCUGAACCGCACACAGAGUCUUCUUUAUACACUAAUGCAACACCAGAAGCACUUGCUUUAACCGAUAAGGCAAUGUCGCAGUCUUCUCCAUCUACGUCGCAACAUAUCGAUGCAGCUGAAAUGCAAAACUUGUAUCCAACUCCCUCUCCUCCUAGUAGUUCUACUAAGUUCCACGCGAAUCAUGUGAAACUUAGUAGUUUUUCUUCUAAGAAAGUUGAAGAAAAACCACCUACACCUGUUAUAGCGACGGUAACGUCAUCGGGCAUCGCACGGAAUGGAAAUGGAUUGUCUGAAACAGAAGCAUUCGAAGAUUCUCCUCUUCCGGAUGGAACUCCACAAUGGGAUUUUUUCGGUCUUUUUAAUCCUGUUGAUCAUCAAUUUUCUUUUCAAGAUGCAAAGGGCACGCAUCAUGAUGACGGGGAAGAAAUUCCUGAGUUGGAAGAUGACGUACAGAACGUUUCUUCUAGUGGCUCGCGGGAUUCGGAAGAUGAAUUUGACGAAGAGCCUUCUGCAGAAACUCUAGUCCAAAGAUUUGAAAAUCUAAAUAGAGCUAAUAGUAAUAACCAUGUUCAAGCAAGUAUUUUACCUAUGAAAGGGGAUUCAGUUUCUGAAGUCGAAUCGGUAAAUGAGGUGAAGGGAAACUCUCCUUAUUUAACCCCAUCGAAGAAAGUACCUAUGGCAGCUUUGGCUUCACCCGAAACGAAUAAACCAAUGGAGAAAGAAAGCCAUAGUGAGAAUAAAGUCACACCUAAGAAUUUCUUUUCGAGCAUGAGGGAUAUCGAGAUUCUCUUUAUUAGAGCUUCGGAAUCUGGUAUAGAGGUUCCAAGGAUGCUUGAAGCAAAUAAAUUUCACUUUCGACCGAUAUUCCCAGGAAAAGAAAAUGGUUCUUUGGCAUCUUUAUUGUGCAAGGCAUGUUUCUCAUGCGGCGAAGAUCCUACAAGUCAAGCUCCAGAAGAGCCUGCUCAAAACCCGGUGAAGUACAUAACUUGGCAUAGGACAGCAUCAUCUCGAUCCUCCUCUUCUAAAAACCCUUUAGAUGCAAACUCAAGGGAAAAUUUAGAGGAACACACAAAUAAUCUCUUUGAUAGUUCGUGUAUGAUCUCUGGAAGCCAUGCAUCAACCUUGGAUAGGCUACAUGCUUGGGAAAGGAAGCUCUAUGAUGAAGUGAAGGCUAGUGAGAUUGUCAGAAAGCAAUAUGACAUGAAGUGUAAAGUCUUAAGGAACUUGGAAUCAAAAGCCGAAAAGACUUCCACAGUUGAUAAAACUCGUGCUGCAGUCAAGGAUCUGCACUCAAGAAUCAGAGUUGCAAUUCACAGGAUAGACUCUAUAUCAAAGAGGAUCGAGGAGUUACGUGACAGAGAACUUCAGCCACAGCUUGAGGAAUUGAUUGACGGGUUAACUCGAAUGUGGGAAGUAAUGCAUGAAUGCCACAAGCUUCAGUUUCAAGUCAUGUCAGCAUCAUAUAACAACAGCCAUGCUAGAAUCACUAUGCAUUCGGAAUUACGCAGGCAGAUUACUUCAUAUCUUGAAAAUGAACUCCACUUUCUUUCAUCAAGCUUCACCAAGUGGAUCGAAGCUCAGAAAUUCUAUCUCGAGGCUAUAAAUGGUUGGAUUCACAAAUGCGUCCCUCUUCAACAAAAAUCGUUCAAAAGAAAAAGGAGGCCGCAAUCUGAAAUUCUUAUACAAUACGGUCCUCCAAUAUACGCCACGUGUGAUGUCUGGUUGAAAAAGCUCGGCACAUUACCUGUCAAGGAUGUUGUCGAUUCUAUUAAAAGCCUAGCAGCUGAUACGGCCCGGUUCUUACCAUAUCAAGACAAGAACCAAGGAAAAGAAACUCAUUCUCAUAUCGGCGGUGAAUCAGCAGACGGUUUAUUAAGAGACGACGUCUCGGAGGAUUGGAUUUCAGGUUUUGAUCGAUUUCGAGCAAGCUUGAUUCGAUUUCUCGGUCAACUAAAUAGUUUAUCCGGUUCAUCUGUCAAAAUGUACAAAGAACUUAAACAAGCUAUUCAGGACGCCAAGAACACUUAUCAUCGGUUGAAUUCUCAUUCUCAAAAUGGUCAUUUCAAUUCUCAGUCUCAAUAUGGUCGCCAAAAUUCUGAGUCUCAAGACGAGCAAUCAACGUCACAAUCUCAGGCGGUUAAAUAAACAUCCAAACAAUGCGAGAAGAAUUGCAUGAAAUGUUGCGGAGUUGCAGAAUUAUAGCUUCUGUGUUGAGCAUACAAUAGUACAAUCAAUGGAUGAAGCAUUUGUAGAUGAAAGAAUAUAUUGAAGUCAUGGCUUAUUUUGCAUACUUAUUAGUUUUAGUUCUUUUUAAGAAUAUAAGAAGGAGAUGAUAGAUAUCUAUGGAGAGGUUGUGGAUUGGUGGUUACAUAUUCUGUAAGAGUUGUAAGUACUAGGCUUUAAUGGUGAAGAAACACACUUUGAAGGCAAGCAUUACAAAUGUAAUUUUUUGAACAAUUGAAUGAACUUAAUGAAAUAAAAAGUUGCAUCACUUUGUCACUAAA